GCUUUAGAACAGCUGAUCACUUAAUGAUACAUCGGGCUCCAUCGCUGAUUUUUAUUUUCUAUUUUAAAUCUUGAUACUUUCUAAAUCACUUUUCUUUAAAAGAAAAUACAUAAAUGUGGAUUUAACUCAAGAGUCGUCUGUUUACCUGCACCGAGUUUCCCCUUGUCUUGUUUAUGGCCUUGGAUUACUGGCAACAACGUCAAUGUCAAUCUCUCGACGGUAGGCGGGACCUCUAACGCAGCAGCCAAUCAGCGGGCUCCUCUUGAGACGCGCUUUAAAAGCAGAGGAGCGCCUCGGCCGCUGCCAGUAAUAAGGAAACUGAGGACAAGUUAGGACUUACAGAGAGAAGAAGAGGAAUGAAAACAUCUGAAUAAAUCUCUGGACUCCGCUUUGAAUUCAUCUAAAGGUACAAACCGACGACUUGGUACAGUACAGUUCCCAUGUUUUGGAAGUUUUGCUGUUUUUCGUAGCAUUAAUAAAUACAGCGGGACUUUGCGCUGGAGAUUGGCACAUUUGGGACACAGCAGCAUCGUUUGCAGCGCACUCUUGUAUUUGACUGUCGUUUUUUUUUUUUUUUUUAAAAAGAAAAAAACACACAAUAUGUCCACAAUAAUGGAACAGCCUUUUUAUGACGACUCGUUUCUCUCUGCUUAUGGCCAUCCAGGCGCUGCCCUGACAGACUACAAGCUGCUAAAGCAGAAUAUGAACUUGAACUUCUCCGAUUCAUAUCGGAACCCGAGCUUCAAGACACAGCACCUGCGCUCAGACAGUGAUUUCUACCCGGCGGGCACCGCGGACGUGGGCUCGCUGAAGCUCGCUUCGCCUGAACUCGAGCGGCUCAUCAUCCAGAGCAGCAACGGGGUCAUCACUACGCCGACCCCCGCACAGUACCUCUACAACCGCGGCAUCACAGAGGACCAGGAGGUGUUCGCAGAAGGCUUCGUCAAAGCCCUGGACGAUCUGCACAAGAUGAACCAGAUGGCUCCUCCAAACGUCUCCAUCGGCACCGGUGGGCUCGCGUGUCCGGCUCCGGGCGCCGUGUUCGCCCACUCUAUGCAGACGGAACCGCUGGAGUACACGACCCUGAGCAGCUGCACCACGAACCCCAGCCUGACCUCCACGGCCAGCUACCCGUCCACAACCAUCAGCUACCUGCCGCACCACCAGUACCACCAGCAUCCCCAGGCUGUGGCGCACGGGUCGCACCACUUCCAGCACUCUCUGGCCGGAGCCGGCGUCCACUCGCAGCGCUUCGGGGGCUUGAAGGAGGAGCCCCAGACGGUCCCCGACAUGCAGAGCAGCGACAACAGCUCCCCGCCGAUGUCCCCAAUCGACCUGGAGAACCAGGAGAGGAUCAAGGCGGAGCGCAAGCGGCUGAGGAACCGGCUGGCAGCUUCCAAGUGUCGGAGGCGCAAACUGGAGCGCAUCGCCCGGUUGGAGGACAAGGUGAAGGUGUUGAAAACGGACAACGCCGGACUGUCGAACACGGCCUCUCUGCUGCGGGAACAGGUGGCCCAGCUCAAACAGAAAGUCAUGACUCAUGUGAGCAGUGGCUGCCAGCUCAUGUUAGCGCCGAAAGUGAAGUCUUACUGAAGAAAUUAUGCACUUUUUAAUGAACACUGGACACAAAAACUGCACUGAAAAACAUAAGACUUUAUACGCUGAGUGGAUGAGAACUGAAACGUAUGUGGCUUUAAAAAGGCCAGACAAGAAAUCCUACAAUCAGCCUACAAGAAACACUUAGGGGCAUUUUUGAACGCGUUUUUAAAAGUGUCGUCUUGGCUUUUCCCUGUUUACAUUUUUUUGUUCGCCCUUUGUGAUGCUUUUUAAGUGUAUAAGUUAUUUGUAUUUCUGUUUUUUUCUUUUCUUUUUUACUUGUACGAUAAUAUUUAAGUAAAAGAAAACAUGUAAUUAAAAUA